CACAGCUCAGCCACUCCUCCUUCCCCAGGUGAGGAAUUCCACGACGUGGAGGACGCAGAGACCUACAAGAAGAUGCUGGCGCGCGACGAGCGGCGUUUCCGGGUGGCGGACCAGGACGGGGACUCGAUGGCCACCCGGGAGGAGCUGACAGCCUUCCUGCACCCGGAGGAGUUCCCUCACAUGCGGGACAUCGUGGUGGCUGAAACCCUGGAGGACCUGGACAAGAACAAAGAUGGCUACAUCCAAGUGGACGAAUAUAUCGGUGAGUGGGCCCUGAGUCUGUCCCUGAGGACGCUUGUCCCCUCCUAGCCCGGGGGGCAGCCCAAUGCAUGAUCUCCCAUCAGAGAACAGAGGCAGGGGCGCUGCUUGGGUUCAUUCCACCACCAAACAUUUGUUGAGCGCCUACUAUGUGCCAGUCCCCGCCC